CGACCUCCGAAUUGCAGAUUUACGGCCGAAAGGUAUCUCUGAACUUGGCUGCCCAUACUCCGUCCGCUAACACCUUCAUGUUCAACGUUUGCUAAGACGGACUCGAGACACUCGAGACAGCGGCUUCAAUCAUGCGCUAUUAUACUCUCUUCAGAUCCUACUUUCUUCCAGCGUCACUGGUACUGCUCGGAUCACGCGUCUUGCCGAUAUCUACAGCGUUGGCUUGGGAGUUUCCACAGCCACCGGCAUUCCAUACCGAACAGAUCCCACUACACUCGGGUCCCCACAGCGAUGUUGAUAUCAUCAGCGGCAGCCAGUUCAGCGGGCUGAAGACGUAUGCGAAUCUACCGUACUUGAACUGCCUCUCAGACGAGGAGGCCAAUGACAAACCCUAUGACAUCGCUGUCCUGGGCGCGCCCUUUGACACCGGUGUCACGGCACGUCCCGGUGCUCGCUACGGGCCGACCGGUAUCCGUACCGGAAGUCAAAGGAUCGCGGCCUCGGCCUCGUGGAGUGUAUAUACUGGCAAGAACCCUCUGAAGUCAUGGGCCGUCGUUACGGACUGUGGCAACGUGCCGCUCACCUGGCUAGAUAACAACUAUGCCCUCAAACAACUAGACAAGGCGCAUAGGGUUGUUUCGGGACGCAGAUCUGCUAAUGUGAGCCACUCCGUGACGCCUAGAAUCCUCACGCUGGGCGGCGACCACACGACGACAUUAUCAGCGCUGCGGUCUGUCAAGGAGAGAUGGGGACAGGUAGCCGUCGUACAUUUCGAUAGCCACAUUGAUACUUGGGAUCCAAAAGUGCUCGGGGGUGGAAUCUCGGACUACGCCGGUCUCAACCAUGGCACGUUCCUCCACAUCGCGCACGAAGAGGGUCUGAUAACGAACACCUCUGUCCACGCGGGCAUCCGCGCGCCGCUGGCGCGACGCAAAGGCGACAUGCGCAACGACCUGCGUUGCGGCUUCCACGCCAUAACCGCGCGCGACUUGGAUCUCGUGGGUGCGUCAGGCAUCAUCUCGCGGAUCAAGGAGCGCGUGGGAGACGCCAAGAUAUACAUCAGCGUGGACAUCGACGUGCUGGACCCUGCAUUUGCUCCUGCCACCGGGACGGCCGAGCCUGGCGGGUGGACAAGCAGGGAGCUACUCACGAUCCUGGACGGACUGAGCGGAGUCAGAGUCGUUGGGGCUGACGUGGUCGAAGUGGCACCGGUCUAUGAUAAUGCAGGUGAGACAACGGUGCUGGUUGCAGCAGAGAUUGGGAAGUCAUUGUUGGGUCUCAUGGUAGAUCAACCUGUCAAAUCAUUGACCGACGAGAAGGAUUAAUUCCUCGAUAUGGAUAGAAAAUCAAAAUGCAAGUAGAUUGGAAAUACGUGGAUGUCUAUAGGGUGAUGCUCUCGAGGAGAAUAC